UGUAUAUCGUAUAUGUGAAAAAAUAUACAGAAUACAAAAUGGAAAGAAGACUAGGCGAAAAUAAAAAAAUAAGGAAGAUCAGCGGAUGAGAUAUCAAUAAUGACUCAUAAAUCAAGUUCGGGUUCGAAUUCCAUACAUUAUAUAUAUCCAUAUAUAUAUAAUUCUAGAUGGGAUUGUUUCUCUUUCUAAUGAUAGAUAAAUGAAAGACUUCCUCAUGAUCCUUAUUUACCUACUCGUACUCGAUAUUUCGAAUAUCGAUUGGGUUGGGUGAACUUGAAAAUUCAUUCAUUGAAUCAAAUCAGUAAGCGAUUGAAUUGGAUUCGAUUGAAUAGUACCAACAAAAUCGAGCGCUAACUCCCAUUUCUUAUUGAAUUAACCGAUCAACUUGCUAUCGUACAUUUUCGGUUCGGUAAUAUUCGCAAAAACUUUAGACAUAGUUCAGUUUUUUAUGAGAACAAAUCCUACUACUUCUGGUCUCGGAGUUUCAACACUUGUGGAAAAAAAUCAGGGACGUAUCGCUCAAAUCAUUGGUCCAGUACUGGAUGUAGCUUUUUCCCCGGGGAAGAUGCCUAAUAUUUACAACUCUUUGGUAGUUAAGGGUCGAGAUACCGCAGGUCAGGAAAUUAAUGUGACUUGUGAGGUACAGCAAUUAUUAGGAAAUAAUCGAGUUAGAGCUGUAGCUAUGAGUGCUACAGAUGGGCUGACGAGAGGAAUGGAAGUGAUUGACACGGGAGCUCCUCUAAGUGUUCCAGUCGGUGGAGCCACUCUAGGACGAAUUUUCAAUGUUCUUGGAGAACCUGUUGAUAAUUUAGGUCCUGUAGAUACUCGCACAACAUCUCCUAUUCAUAGACCCGCACCCGCUUUUACACAAUUAGAUACAAAAUUAUCAAUCUUUGAAACGGGCAUUAAAGUGGUGGAUCUUUUAGCGCCUUAUCGGCGUGGGGGAAAAAUCGGACUAUUCGGGGGAGCCGGAGUGGGUAAAACAGUACUCAUCAUGGAAUUAAUCAACAACAUUGCCAAAGCUCAUGGGGGUGUAUCCGUAUUCGGCGGAGUAGGAGAACGCACUCGUGAAGGAAAUGAUCUUUACAUGGAAAUGAAAGAAUCCGGGGUGAUUAAUGAAGAAAAUAUUGCAGAAUCUAAAGUAGCUCUAGUAUAUGGACAGAUGAAUGAACCCCCGGGAGCUCGUAUGAGAGUCGGUUUGACUGCCCUAACCAUGGCGGAAUAUUUCCGUGAUGUUAAUGAACAAGACGUACUUCUAUUUAUUGACAAUAUCUUUCGCUUCGUUCAAGCGGGGUCAGAAGUAUCUGCCUUAUUAGGUAGAAUGCCUUCCGCCGUGGGUUAUCAGCCUACCCUGAGUACAGAAAUGGGUUCUUUGCAAGAAAGAAUUACUUCUACUAAAGAGGGAUCUAUAACUUCCAUUCAAGCAGUUUAUGUACCUGCGGACGAUUUGACUGAUCCUGCUCCUGCCACGACAUUUGCACAUUUAGAUGCUACUACCGUACUAUCAAGAGGAUUAGCUGCCAAAGGUAUCUAUCCAGCAGUAGAUCCUUUAGAUUCAACGUCAACUAUGCUCCAACCUCGGAUUGUUGGCGAAGAACAUUACGAAACUGCGCAAAGAGUUAAGCAAACUUUACAACGUUACAAAGAACUUCAGGACAUUAUAGCUAUUCUUGGACUGGACGAAUUAUCCGAAGAGGAUCGUUUAACCGUAGCAAGAGCGCGAAAAAUUGAACGUUUCUUAUCACAACCCUUCUUCGUAGCAGAAGUAUUUACUGGUUCUCCAGGGAAAUAUGUUGGUCUCGCAGAAACAAUUAGGGGGUUUCAACUGAUCCUUUCCGGAGAAUUAGAUAGUUUUCCCGAGCAGGCCUUUUAUUUGGUAGGUAAUAUCGAUGAAGCUACCGCGAAGGCUAUGAACUUAGAAGUAGAGAGCAAAUUGAAGAAAUGACCCUAAAUCUUUGUGUACUGACUCCUAAUAGAAUUAUUUGGGAUUCAGAAGUGAAAGAAAUCAUUUUAUCUACUAAUAGUGGCCAAAUCGGCGUAUUACCAAACCACGCCCCUGUUGCCACGGCCGUAGAUAUUGGUAUUUUAAGAAUACGCCUCGACGACCAAUGGUUAACGAUGGCUCUGAU